GAGCCCGCGACCAUGGAGAGCUCCUUGGAGAAGAUGGUUGACCCGACCUUAGCAGAAAUGGGAAAGAAUCUUAACGAGGCCAUGAAGAUGCUUGAAGACAAUCAGAGGAAAGCGGAGGAAGAAAAUGAAAAGAAGUAUACAAGGAAAGAUAUUCCUGGCCCUCUUCAAGGCAGCGGGCAAGAUAUGGUGAGCAUCCUUCAAUUAGUUCAGAAUCUUAUGCACGGGGAUGAGGAGGAGGACGUGCAGUCUUACAGGCUUCAGAAUGUCGGUGAGCAGGGCCACAUGGCUUUGCUAGGACACAGCCUGGCCGCGUACAUUUCCGUGCUGGACAGGGAGAGGCUAAGGAAGCUGACCACCAGGAUCCUUUCCGACACUACCCUGUGGCUCUGCAGGCUCUUCAGGUUUGAAAACGGGUCAGCGUACUUCCACGAGGACAGCCGCGAGGGGCUCUUGAAAGUCUGCCGGCUCGUGAUUCACUCUCGCUACGAAGACUACACAGCCGAAGGUUUUAACGUGCUCUGUAGCAAACCGCCGAUGAUAUACAUCAGCUCUGCAGCCAGAGAGGGACUGGGCCAAUCGCUUUGCAACCAGCUCGGAUUGCCCCUUUCCUGCUUGUGCCGGGUGCCUUGCAAUACCAUGUUUGGCUCUCAGCAUCAGAUGGAUGUUGCUUUCCUGGAUAGACUGAUUAAAGAGGAUGCUGAGGCUGGAAAACUGCCCAUAUUGCUUGUGGCCAAUGCGGGUACGCCGGGAGCAGGGCAUACAGACAAGCUAGGGCGUUUGAAAGAACUCUGCGAACAGCACAGCAUGUGGCUCCACGUUGAAGGGGUGAAUCUGGCCACUUUGGCCUUAGGUUAUGUCUCUUCAUCUGUACUGGCAGCAACCAAAUGCGACAGCAUGACCUUGACUCUGGGACCUUGGUUGGGUCUUCCAGCAGUGCCUGCCGUGACUCUGUACAGACAUGAAGAUCCCUCUUUGUCCUUGGCUGCAGGUCUGACCUCUAGUCAAGCAGUAGAGAAGCUCCGUGCCUUGCCCCUGUGGCUCUCUUUGCAAUACCUUGGACAUGACGGGAUUGUCGAAAGAAUAAGACAUGCAUCUCAGCUGAGUCAGCGGCUGCUGGAAAACCUGAAGAACCAGGAUUUCAUUAAAACUUCGGUUGAAGAUGAACUUAGCUCUCCCGUGGUGGUAUUCAGAUUUUCCCCUGAACUUCCACAUUUAGAUAAACUAUUACCCAAUGGCCAGGGUCCUAUGAUAACCGGCAAUGAGAGAUAUGUGUGCGACACUUUGAAUCAGUGGCUCGGGGAGCAGUUGGCUCAGUUAGUGCCGGCCAGUGGCGUCGACGUGGUGGAACUCGAAGACGAAGGCACUUGCGUGCGCUUCAGCCCCUUGAUGACUUCUGCAGUUUUAGGAACCGAAGUGCAAGAUGUCGACCAGUUGGUGGACUGCUUGAAAAUGAAGGUCCCCGUGCUGACGUGCACGCUCCAGCUGCGAGAGGAGUUUGAGCAAGAAGUGAGAAGAACGGUCGGGCUGUCCUACGUGGAAGACGUCGGUUGGCCUGGGCUCGGGGUGGUGAGGUACGAAGGACAGAACGAAGACAAGCGGGAGGAGAAAGAAGCGGAGAAGAUUACCAGCGGGCUCCUGAGAAAGCUGAACGAACUGGAGUCGGAUCUGACCUUUUCUUUAGGUCCAGAAUUUGGAGGGGAAAAGAACUGUAUAUACAUCGGGAUGGUGACAGAAGAUCUGGACGUGUCCGAGCUGGUUGAAACCAUUGCAGCGACAGGCCGAGAAAUUGAAGAAAAUUCAAGACUGUUGGAAAACAUGACGGAAAUUGUGCGCAAGGGCAUCCAGGAAGCCCAGGUCCAGCUGCAAAAAGCGAAUGAGGAGAGGCUCCUGGAAGAGGGGCUGCUCCGACAGAUUCCAGUGGUGGGUUCCGUGUUGAACUGGUUCUCUCCGUUUCACGCUUCGCCCAAGGGAAGAACGUUUGACCUAACAGCAGGUUCUCUUGAAUCGACUGAGCCCACUUACGUAUCCAAAGUACAAGGGGCGGGGGGCACCCCGCCUCCAACUCCCACAUCCGGCCGAGCAAAGCAAAAGUUCCCCGGCCAAAAGCUGUUUAAAAGGUCCGCGAGGGGCUCCGACGGGUUCAGCGAGACCAGCUCCGUGAGCCACACCGACGACUUGGGCAGAGAGCCGCAGACAGGCGCCUCCCCGGCGGGGCGGGAGACCCCCGAUCUGCUGCUAGGGGGCGCGCCCCCGGCCGAGGAAACUGCUGAAGACUCCCCAGGGGAAACGGUCCUGAUGCCGCCGGGAAGCAACGAGGAGCGAGAGAGUCUCAGAUAA